UACGUUGCUAUCUGGCUGUCAGAAAUGAAACCAAAAUAACACGGAGCGAAAAAGAAAGCAAAUUUACAGUCACCUUUUCGAGACCAGACUCCCCUGAGGCACGUCCCCGGAACAUGGGGUAAUUCUGAGAAGGAACCGGCGCUGUCUGCUUGUUUCCUCCGUCUCUGCUAUGUGACAUAACAGAAAGAGUUAUUAAAGGAGAAAGAUGUGGGAAUUAGUGCAGCUGUCGUCCAUCUAGACACAUUAUAAGUCCAUAGGUGGAAUGGUGUGUGAGCGGUGUGUAUAGCGGCAGACGGCAACAUGGCCCACUUUGAUACAGAGUACCAGCGUCUGGAGGCGUCCUACAGCGACUCUCCCCCUGGAGAGGAGAAUCUGUUGGUUCACGUACCAGAGGGCUUGAAAUCUCACUGGCACCACAUUGAAAACUUGGACCUCUUCUUUCAAAGAGUCUAUAAUCUUCAUCAGAAGAAUGGAUUCACUUGCAUGCUUCUGGGGGAAAUCUUCGAGCUUGUGCAACUGGUCUUCGUGGUGGCCUUCACCAUUUUUCUGGCCAACUGCGUAGACUACGACAUCCUCUUCGCCAACAAGUUUGUCAAUCACACCGACUCGUCCAAGGUGACCCUUCCUGACGCGUUCCUUCCCGUGGACGUGUGUCAUGCUCGGAUCCGUGAUAACGUUUUGGCUAUUUUCAUUCUGGUGAUAUCUGGAGUGUUCUGGCUCCACCGAUUGGUCAAGUUUAUCUACAACAUCUGCUGCUACUGGGAGAUCCGCUCGUUCUACAUCAACGCUCUGAAAAUCUUAAUGGCGGACCUUCCUUAUUUCACCUGGCAAGAGGUGCAGGCUCGGAUCAUCGAGAUCCAAAAAGAGCAUCAGAUCUGCAUUCACAAAAAGGAGCUUACCGAGCUGGACAUCUACCACCGCAUCCUGCGCUUCAAGAAUUACAUGGUGGCGAUGGUGAACAAGUCCCUGCUGCCCGUCCGUUUCCGUUUCCCCCUGCUAGGCGAUUGCGUCUUCUUCACACGCGGCCUCAAGUACAACUUCGAGCUGAUCUUCUUCUGGGGUCCUGGCUCACUCUUCGAGAACGAGUGGAGUCUCAAAUCUGAGUACAAGCGAGGAGGAAACCGGCUGGACCUGGCCGAUCGCCUGAGCUCCAGGAUCUUAUGGAUUGGCAUCGCCAAUCUACUCCUGUGCCCCGUCAUUCUCAUCUGGCAGAUUCUCUACGCGUUCUUCAGCUACACCGAGGUGAUUAAACGCGAGCCCGGCAGCCUCGGGGCUCGCUGCUGGUCCCUGUACGGCCGCUGCUACCUGCGCCACUUCAACGAGCUCGACCACGAGCUCAUGUCCCGCCUCAGCAAAGGCUACAAGGCUUCAUCCAAGUACAUGAACUGUUUCAUGUCACCUCUGCUCACGGUCGUAGCCAAAAACGUAGCCUUUUUUGCCGGGUCCAUAUUAGCCGUGCUCAUCGCUUUGACCAUAUACGACGAGGACGUGUUGUCUGUAGAGCACGUUCUCAGCAGCAUCACUCUCCUCGGGGUCUGCAUUACAAUCUGCAGGUCUUUUAUCCCUGACAAGCACAUGGUGUUUUGUCCAGAGCAGCUCCUCAAAGUGAUCCUAGCACACAUCCAUUAUAUGCCGGACCACUGGCAGGGCAACGCCCACCGCUACGAGACCAGAGACGAGUUUGCUCAACUUUUCCAGUAUAAAGCUGUGUUCAUCCUAGAGGAGCUUCUGAGUCCCGUCAUCACGCCCUUCAUCCUGAUUUUCAGCCUGCGCCGCAAAUCUCUGGAGAUCAUUGAUUUCUUCCGGAAUUUCACCAUCGAGGUGGUGGGCGUCGGAGACACCUGCUCUUUCGCUCAGAUGGACGUCCGACAUCACGGACAUCCGGCGUGGAUGUCUGCCGGGAAGACAGAGGCUUCGAUCUACCAGCAGGCAGAGGACGGGAAGACUGAGUUGUCUCUCAUGCACUUCGCCAUCACUAAUCCUCAGUGGCAGCCGCCGCGGGAGAGCACGCAUUUCAUCAGCCAACUGAAGGAGAAAGUUCACCGCGAGGCCACUGGGGGGCAGCAGAACAGCGCAGCAGAGAACCUCACUUCUGCUCACUCACAUCAGCUCGAAUCUGAGCCUCGAAGUCUCAUCGCUAACCUCCUGGCUGGACCACCCUCCUUGGCGUCGGUGCACCUGGGUCGAGACGGCUCCAUCAUCAAUCACUUGAGUGACGGUGCGUCAGCCCUGCGCUCUCUCUCCCCCCUCAGCACCAGUCUUCACCUGAGGGCCAGCUACCCUUCCACCAGGACGCCCCGACAGGACCACCCUGCUGUGCUAGCAGGCAGAACCUUGGCCGGAUCCGGGACCGAUGCUCGCACUGUCAGUUCAGGAAGCAGUGCUUGGGAAGGACAGCUGACCAGCCUGGUCCUGUCAGAAUACGCCUCCACAGAGAUGAGUAUUCACGCCCUGUACAUGCACGAGAUGCACAAGCAGCAUUCCCGCGUCGAGAUCUCGCGCCACACGUGGCACAGGCAGGAAAGCGACGAGAGCAGCGAGAGCGUCCACGAUUACCCAGAGGCGACGCACAACCUGCCCCGCUCCAACACUUUCCCCUGCAACACCACUCCCAAACAGCAGGGGUCAACGGUCCAUAGCAGCGUCAGCCAGUACGGUGGAGCUUCAGGUACUCGGGUUCAGCGCACAACCCGGAUGCCGAUGGGAGGCUGGGAGGAGGAGCCUGUCGCAGAGGAAGGUUCUGAAGAUGAACUACCACCACAUGUUCAUAAGGUGACAUAAGGAUGAAAUUCUCACCGAACGAGCACAACGAACCCUGGAAGGUGUAUUUAUUCACUUUUUGAAAGCACUGACAAUU